AUGGAGUCUUCACUGCAGGCCGGUCUUACUCUACCAACCCACAAGUCGACCAAAGCCGACUUUGUUCCUUACUGGGCCCGGUGCCAAGUACAGUACGCGCAGAACCUUUUAGAAUAUUCGCCGGAGCCUAUCGAAUACGACUACCACGACGACGACGGCUGGGAAAAUUGUUUCUUCUUCCCCGAAGAUUGCACACGUGCUCCUGUGAUAGACAGCUACGAGACCGAUAGCGUCCAGUCGAUCGACUCAAGUGACAAGGCCUCAUCAAUAUUGAGUGAUGUUGAUAUUGAUUCGGCCGACAAUAUGACGCCAGCACUUCCGGAUAUUCGCAUGCUCGAUACCGAGGCCCUCAGCGAUUUGCUAGAAGAUAACCUUUCGCCUCCAGAAAUUACCUCCAUACUAAUAUUUGCUACGAACGGUGCGAUAUUUGCGUAUGCGUCGGAUCUGUCGACUCGUCAACUACGAAACCUGAGCGCAACGUACGGUGCAGCCUAUACUUCGUUUGCCAGAACAGCAUCUUCAGGAAAUUUGACCGGAGUGAAGCACGCAAGUCAUCCUUCUUCAUACAUGACCGCACCCUCUAUAUCGUUAGGCGAUGUCGGCUCGAUUGUUUUUGAGAAUGAGAACCAGGUGGCUGUCGUGACGAGAAUCGCCGAUAAGGUGCUCCUUGCUGCAGUAGGGCCAGAAAAAGUACAAAAUAAGCCUGAGAUAAUUGCCAAUCCGGAAGGAGGUGAGUCCGGCGAUGCAGAGGAAGCGCCGACAUCUUCACUACAAUCAUCUCAUGCCACGAAAACUACAUCAGCAUCGUCAUCGUUAAAACCGGGUGCGCAGCCCAACGGAGAUGGCCUGCUCGCGACACAGUAUGAGAUUGACCGAAAUAAUGAUCUCGCGCGUCUUGCGGCGCUCAACUUGAAUACGUCGCCAGAGAUACUAUUAGCGCUCGAGGCGAAAUCAGCUGCAUUGGGACGGUUUCUGCGACAGAAGUUGCAAGAUUUGGAAAGUCCGGAAGAUUUUUAG